AAACAUAACAAGUCGUAUAUUCUUGUGGAACAGUUUUUAACACGCACCGCAUGGUGGGCAAUUCCUCUAAUAUGGCUACCGGUUGUAUAUUGCUUUGUCUCGUCAUCUGUAAAAAUCGGAGUUCCCCCUUAUCAUCUUGCAACUGCUAUGAUAGUUGGUAUCUUCAUUUGGACAUUGCUCGAGUACUCUUUGCAUCGGUUUCUUUUCCACAUGAAAACAACUGGAUACUGGGGUAACACGGCUCACUAUCUUCUUCACGGAUGCCAUCACAAGCACCCAAUGGACGGGCUUCGAUUGGUUUUCCCACCUGCUGCAGCGGCAAUUUUAGCCUUUCCACUGUGGAAUCUGGUCAAGAUUCUAGCACCUGCACAGUACGCCCCUGCUAUGUUUGGUGGCGGCUUGUUGGGAUAUGUCAUGUACGAUUGCACACAUUACUACCUGCACCAUGGCAAACCGUUGAAGGGUGUAUCUCAUCAGCUCAAGAGAAACCACAUGGACCAUCACUUCAGAAUUCAAGAUAAGGGAUAUGGAAUCACUUCAAAUUUCUGGGACUGGGUGUUUGGAACAACACUUCCUAAAAAAUCUGCCAAGAAAAGUAGCUGACUUUUGUUUGUAUAAAGGGAUUUUAGAAUGAAAUUUGAUGGUUUAUAGUAGCAUCUAAUUUUCUUUAGAUGUAUGUACAUUUCAUUUCCACUUUUUUUUUUUGGUUUUAUUUAGUAAAGUUGUUUUUAUUUCCUGGAAUUGUAUAUUAAGGGAAGGAUACUUUAUCCACUCCAAAAUAUUCCAAUUUUUUU